AUGGAGUUGUUUGAUUUAAAUCUUGCCAAUAAUAAGUUAUCUGGCAGUAUUCCAGACUGUUGGAAGGGUUCUUUAUCAUUCUUGACCUUGUCAUUCAAUAAGUUGUCCGGAGUAAUUCCUAGCUCACUUGGAUCAUUGCCCUACCUUGUCACCCUUCACUUGAACGGAAACCACCUCAAUGGGGAGCUUCCUCAAGCUUUAGAUUAUUGCACAGAUCUAGUAAUUUUAGACCUUGGAGAGAAUAACUUCUCUGGAAGCAUUCCGACAUGGUUUGACGAAAGCUUUUCGUCCUUGUUGAUCCUGAGGCUACGAGAGAAUAGGUUUGUUGGCAGCAUCCCUACGCAACUCUGCUCACUAUCAAACUUGAAAAUAUUAGACAUGGCAGUGAACAAUUUGACGGGAACAAUCCCACAUUGUCUUGGCAAUAUGAGUAGCAUGAUCAACUUGAAUCAGGGCAAUCCAUCUGGAUCUGUGGCCAUUACUCCCAUACAAGAUAUAAUUUCCUCCACAUUUGGAGUUGUUGAUCCAAAUUGGGAUCGAGAGCACGUGGUUGAGAUCUUGAAGGGGAGAUAUAAUGAGUACACCAAAAUUGAUCUGCAGCUUGUGGUCAAUUUGGAUCUCUCCAGCAACUUUUUAAGUGGGUCGAUCCCCGAAGAACUUUCUUUCCUCUCAGGAUUGCAUGGCUUGAACUUGUCUCACAACCAUCUUUAUGGAAAUAUUCCUAUUGGCAUUGGGAAUAUGAUGUCGCUUGAGUCUCUUGAUCUUUCAAACAACCAUCUCUCGGGGAUAAUUCCACAGGGCAUUUCAGCUUUAAUAUUCCUAGCCCAUCUCAACCUGUCGCAAAACAACCUUACAGGGCAUAUUCCAAAAGGGAAUCAAAUCCAAACACUAGACGAUCCUUCCAUUUAUGCCGGCAAUCCUCUGCUCUGUGGUGAUCUUUUAAGAAAUAAAUGCCUUGGCGCUGAGACGCCUCAACCACAGAAAAUCCUUCACCCUGAAGAUACACAUGAAGAGGAUAAGCUUGAUAGAGCGUUGUUCUAUGCGGUCAUAAUGCUUGGAUUUGCAAUUGGGUUAUGGGGCUUUUUUGGAGUUUUGCUAUUCAAGAAGGAUUGGAGACGUGCAUAUUUCAACUAUGCAGAUCAAGUAGCAGACAAGGCAUAUGUGGCUAUAGUAAUGAAGGUAGCCAAGUUGAAGAGACUGAGAAUGUCAAGAAGCGCGUAA